ACUCUCACUCGUUCCCUCUCACCCUCACUCUUUGGUUUUCAAACUCGGAAGAGCAUUGAAGAAGAAGCUCAAAGACCCAAAAGAAAGACAUGGGGUGUGUGUCUUCCAAUCUGCUCAACCACGAGGACGAGUUUACCCAACUCGGAAGCUCCGCACUGAGUCACCACAUCGUCUCGCUCACCUCCACCACCUAUGGCCUGCUCACUCUCGACCCACCAUCAUCUCACUCAACCACGCCGUCACCGACAACCCCACCGACCCCACCUUCUCGGUUCACCCUCGGCUCCAUCUUUUCCGAAUCCAAGUCUCUUUGGUCCGAGCCCAGGCCCCCCAUCCUCCGCUCGGACCCAGCCGAGGUCAUCAACUCCUGGGAGCUCAUGGCCGGCCUAGAGUACACCGCCGACAGCUUCCGCUUCUUCAAAGACUCAAACAAAGCCAACAAAGAGAACUCCGACCCGAACCGUAUGAAAAGCGACAACCUUUGGAGACCCUCUUCGGUCCUGGACAAGUACGAGAGGUUAUGCCCGCCCAAGGGAGAGAACAGAGUGGUGAUCUACACGACGACGUUGCGGGGCGUGCGGAGGACUUUCGAGGCGUGCAAUGCAGUGAGGGGUGCGAUACAAGGGUUCGGAGUGUUGGUCUCCGAACGAGAUAUAUCAAUGGACCGCGGGUUCAGAGAGGAGCUGAGGGAGCUGAUGAGAGGGAAAGCAGAGAGAGACGCAAUGGUGCCCCCGAGAGUGUUUGUGAAGGGGAGGUAUGUGGGUGGGGCGGAGGAGGUGUUGAAAAUGGCGGAGGAGGGUUUGCUGGGUGAGCUUCUUGAUGGGCUGCCAAAGAAGAGAGGUCUUGGCGUGUGCGAAGGGUGUGGGGACGUGAGAUUCUUGCCCUGUUUUCAGUGCAGUGGGAGCUGUAAGAUGGUGAUGGUGGUGAAGGAGGGAGUGGGUCAGCCACACGGCAGCACUGUGGUGGUGAGAUGCCCUGAGUGUAAUGAGAAUGGCUUGGUGCUCUGCCCCAUCUGUAGCUGAUCAGUUCAACUACCUUGUUGACCAUCUGCUUGGGUUUUUUUUUUUUUAUAUAUAUAUAUAUAUAUAAAUCCAAUCUAUUAAUCACAGAGUAAGAUUUACCCAAAUUUCACUCUUUUGAACUUUGUGUUGAAAUCAUAUUCUGUUGUGCUGUAAUUUGGUUUAUCUGUAAUAUGUAGUGGAAUAAUAGAAAAGUAAGCUGAAUUAUAUUCUCACUA